AUGGUUUCUGUUGGACGAAUUGCAUUGAUCACCGGUGCCUCCCAAGGCAUCGGCCGUGCCAUCGCUCUGCGCCUUGCAGAGGACGGCCUCGACGUCGCGGUGAACGAUAUAUCAUCGAAACACAGCCAACUGGAAGCAGUCGUGGCCGAGAUCAAGGCAAAGGGCAGGAACGCCAUCGCCGUAUCGGCAGAUGUAUCGAAAGAUGAAGAGGUUAAGGCGAUGGUUGCGCAGACGGCGGAACGACUUGGUGGACUUGAUAUGGUAGCGAAUGCGGGUAUCAGUUUGGUGAAACCACUGGUCGAGACUUCCGCCGAGGAAUGGGAUCGCGUCAUGGCGAUCAACGCGCGCAGUGUCUUCCUCGCGUACAAGCACGCAGCCAAGCAGAUGAUUUCACAAGGCAGAGGAGGAAGGAUUAUCGGGGCCGUUGAGCUUGCAGCUUAUACCGCAUCCAAAUUCGCGGUGCACGGCCUGACACAAACUGGAGAACUGGCAAAAUACAACAUCAUCGUCAACGCGUACGCCCCUGGGUUCAUCAAGACACCAAUGAACAUGCCUGAUGCGGGCCCGGAGGUUGUCGCAAGUCUCGUGUCCUACUUGGCAAAGCCGGAGUCAUACUUCAUAACAGGCCAAACAAUCUCAAUGAAUGGGGGCAUAUGCUUCGACUGA